AAUAUCUACUCCAUUUCUCACAAGACAAAUAUAACAACACUCUCAAGUCCCCAGAUAAGGAGCUGAUAUGAGCUUCAAUGGGCUCUCUUCGUCUUUGUCUUUUCUUGCCGGACCUGAUCCAAAAUCAGAGUCUACCUAUGCUCAUGUCUUAUUUCCUUUGUUGUUAUGUUUUCCCUUCUUUCUUCAAUGAAGUGAAAGUCACGCGAAGAACUCGUUCCUAUGCAUUCUUUGAAGAUUUCCACUUCAUUGUUUGAUGCUCAAGCCAGAGAAAUAUAUAAAGUUCUGCAAUGAUGAUAAAAGCGCAUAAUUGAUUCAUUAUUUUUUACUGUUCUGUACAACCACUCGACAAUACAAAAGCUUCAAUAUGCCUCCAAAACACGCUGAGUGCAAACAUGUCAAUAUAUGCGACGACGAGCUCAAAUCCGGUGUUACUUCUCUGGAAAACGUACAAGCUGGAGUAGAAGAAUUUCAUAAGAAUGGAAUAGUCAUUUUUGAAAAUGCUAUUCCUCACAAUAUUGUCGAGAAAUUCUACGAGAAGAUGAAUACAGAUGGAGGCCAAAGACUGGAAGAUCCGAACCUAGUCUUCAACCAUGGCAUCGAGAAGAACAAUUUCUCCUUAUGUCCUCCUUUAUCCAAGGAAUGGCUUACCGAAGAUAUUUGGGCCAACAAACAUGCGGCAGCAGUCAUGGAAGCUGUUAUCGGAAAACCACAACUUGUACACGCAGGCAGCAACAUCACUAUUCCAACACAAGAACCGACAUCUCGUCAAGCCGUCCAUAUAGAUUCCUAUCACAGUCAUCACAGAUUCCCCACCUGCAUAGAGUUAUUCAUGUACCUCCACGACGUGUCUCCCGAAAAUGGCUCUCCCGAAAUCUGGCCCGGAUCCCAUCACGAUUGGAAUUUCAGAGAUCUCGUAAGUCAUGGUCGUGGCUGGAUCAAAUCCUCAGCAUUCAACCGACGCGCGGAACAUUCUCCUCCCUUCCAACCCACUAUCCCCAAAGGUUCAAUCGGCAUCCGUGAUCUCCGACUCUGGCGUUCCGGAAUGCCUAAUCUCUCUGAUCAAAAUUGUAUCAUGCUUGGCUUUACCUACUUCCCCCGCUGGUACCGCAAUCCAAUGCGCAUUACACUUCCCAAAACCUGUCGCUUCCUCAUGCAAAAAUGGACACAAGUUGAUGCGAUUGGAGCGACGGAAUUCGUGGAUGGAGAAAUAAAUCAUCUGGAUCCGAAUUAUGACAUGUUGGCUUCGUUGAACUUUACUCAGGAUCCGGAGAAGAGUAUUAAACAGAUUCGGGAGAAGAUUGAUACUGCGCAGGGAAGAGAAUUAAAUGCGGAGUUAACUGUGACGGAUAGGGAUUAUUGGGUUCCGGGAAGGAAGAAGUUGAUUGAGAGGGUGACGCAUGGGGAGGGACAGGCAAACCAGGGUGAUAGAGGUAAGGGGAGAAAGAGAGGGAAGGGAAAGGAAAUGGGGAAAAGGAAUGGAAGGGGACAGAAUGAUCAAAAUCAUACGAAAGCGGAGGGGGGUUUCUUGAAGCCGAAGAGUGAGGGUGUUAAGAAGAAGGCUCGGAAACCUAGGAACAAGGGCCCGAAAGGUGAAUCGAAGGUUGAAUCGAAGGGUGAAUGAAUGAGAUGAGUGGUAACUAUGUUUUGGGGGUUUAUAUAUACUGCUUUUUUUUCCUGUGGAGU